ACAGACAGGGAGAGACUAAGAGAGACAGGCAGAAAGACAAAGACACUAAGACUAAGAGAGACACAGACAGGGAGAGACUGAGAGAGACAGGAAGAGACUAAGAGAGACACAGACAGGGGUUGGUGGGAUCUUGCUCAGGAAAAGAAGAGUGAUGAGGCGCGCGCAGCUUCUCCACGCUUGUUACGCAACUAGCGUGCCCGACUAACACACACGUGUGUGCGCGCGCGAGCGGGAGAGAGAGGAAGAAAGAACCUGGAGCUACAUGAGCAUGCGGGACUGGGAGGGAUUCGGGAGAUCCCACGGCGCGCGCACACGCUUACACACACACACACACACACACACACACACGCACACACACACACACACACACACACGAAACGCAUUUGAGUUUUGAAAAGAAAUAAAUGUGUGUGUGUGUGUGUGUGUCAGAGAGAGAGAGAGAGAGAGAGAGAGAGAGAGAGAGAGACACAGACACACACACACACAAAGAGAAACCGGAGAACAAAAACACACCUUCCCGCAGCCAAACCGGCGCGCGAGCCUGCUACAACCCGAUGAUGUAGAAACUCACACCCUCUGUGCAGACAGAACAGGAACACCUGGAUCUCCUGCUUCAUCAGACUGGAACCGUCUCGUUCUCCUUCAACAUCUGAGCAUGUAAACAGGAAGAGAACAGCGACCAGGAGAACAUCAGAGAACUACAGGAUAUAGCUUCUCCAGAUCGUGGCUGGUCUUCAAUUCUUCUGGAAGUGUACAAUGGAAAGUCAGACUCUCGUCCAGCCUCCUACUGCCGACUCGGAAGCAGUGGAUAAGAUUGCAGAUGAAGGACGUGAGAACUCGGUCCCGCAGACCAGCACCACCACUCGUCCAGGCAGAGUCUCCAAACCUAAAGCCAGCGUGAACUGCAGACGCAAGCGUGAGUUCAUCUCGGAGGAGAAUAAAGACGAGUCGUACUGGGAGAAACGCCGCAAGAACAAUGAGGCGGCAAAGCGCUCACGUGAGAAACGCAGGCUCAACGACACGGUGCUGGAGAACCGGGUGAUGGCCCUCAACGAGGAGAACCUUCGUCUGAAGACGGAGCUUCUGCAGCUGAAGCUCAGGUUUGGGCUCAUUAGCUCCGCCUCCUGUACAGAGAAAAUGCAACAGAUGAGCGGCGAGUUCCCUUCUGAAAACCCACAUCAUGCUCACAUCCUGAUGAACUCGGACUCGUCAGAGGCAGAGCUUCUAGCUCCAGUGUCGUUACCUAAAUACCCCUCCCGAGGAUCUCUGUCUGAUUUCUCAGACGGGUCGUCUCUGGACUGUCCAGAACCGGCGAGUUACGAUACGAAGAGAGGAAGUGCUAACGCCGGCGUCAUCAGCGACAUCGCGAGUCCAAGUCACAACCCGGUGCGAGAACAUCACACGUCUCUUCAACCUGCUCCUAACCAGAGGAGCGUGAUCCUCUACAGCAGCGGCUCGCAAGUCAACAGCAACCCAGCUGGUCCGAAGCUAACAGGAAGUGUUGAUCCACCUCAUCCGUCUGCUUUAGAGACUCUCUCAGAAGUGGCUCAGCAGCUGGCGAGGAGAUCCCUGGACCUGCCAAAUGCUGCUCAUACUCCAACUGAAGCAGAUGCUCACUACACCCUUAAGGAACAUCAUCUUCUGGACCAGAACCAGAACAUUUACCUCACUGAGUCACCUUCGCUAAGCGACGGGAACCAUCUGAGGGAUGUCAGGUUCUCAUCAUUAAGUGAUGAUGGAGAUCCUCACAGCUCGGACAAAGAAGCAUCCACUGAUGACGAGUCUCCAUCAUCAUCAUCUUCAUCCUCAGAAGCUGGUCAGAGCGCUCACACGGGUCAGAACAGAGAAGGAGUUAGGUCAGCAGCUUUACCUCACAAGCUGAGGCUGAAACACAGAACUUCAUCAAACAAGGAUUUCACUUCCAACACCUCGGCUUCUUCAGACCUUCUGCAGCAUGAACAAACCCCUAUCCAGAGCACAGAGGGACCUCCUGAACCUUCUCCAUACAAGGGCCGUGUGAGGACAGGAUCCUGAGAUGGUUCCUCUGGUUCCACAGACAGAUGUUUCAUAGCACUGAGACUUGGAUCUUCUAAUCACGACUCGCUCAUCAGAAAUCUGUACGUUCUGUUAAAUCUCCACGUUCUUAGAGAUCUUCUGUCCUCUGGAUGAUAUCACAGCCCUGGAGGAGAUCUUUUCUAACUUCUCAUGCUGUAGCUGAGACUCCAUGUCUUGGUGUGAUGAUCUCAGAUGUUUAGAACUUGCUAAAAGCAAAUCUAAAGUGCACUACAGUCCCUCAAACCUUCCCAGCACUUGAUCUUUAGCACUACAGGAACUCUCACUUACCUUCACCCACACCACCCAACAGCAUCAUGGGAAAAAAGCUGGAGUUCUCUCACGCACCUCACACACACACACACACACACACACACACACACACACACACACACACACACAUACACAUCUCACACACACAACACACAC